AUCUUGACUGGUAGACAUGAAAUUCCUUGGUGGAUUUGUUCUCCUGUUGGCUACGUUGGCCUUGGCCCAAGCACAAGAAGGCAAGGUAAACGAAAACAAGAACGUUAUCCACAUUAAUAGUGGUGCUCCCGUCUCCAGAUAAAUAAGAUUUUUCUAAUAUUUGAGUCUUGGCAAUCAAUAAAAAGAUAUCCUAAUGGUUUGCACAUAGAAA